GCGCAUUGUGCUAUUUUUUUUUAAACACACUUGUCAAACAAAUUGUUUAGGAGUGCGGCUUUGCCGAAUAUCUUCAGAUUUCUCGUAAUUUACCUAUAAUUUCACGUAUUAAAGAAGUGUAAAACAUGGCUUCUCUAGCAGCAGCACAAGUGCAAGAAGUGCGCUCCAUAACGCGCAUAGAGCGUAUAGGGGCACACUCCCAUAUCCGAGGAUUAGGUCUGGAUGAUUCUCUGGAGCCCCGCGCCGUGUCGCAGGGCAUGGUGGGCCAGAAGACGGCCAGGAAGGCCGCGGGCGUUGUCCUGCAGAUGAUUCGAGAAGGUAAAAUAGCCGGUCGAGCCGUGCUGUUGGCCGGACAGCCUGGUACUGGCAAGACGGCCAUUGCCAUGGGGCUGGCGCAGGCGCUGGGACCUGAUACACCCUUCACUAGCAUGGCAGGCUCUGAGAUCUAUUCUCUAGAAAUGAGCAAAACGGAAGCUCUCACACAAGCCAUUAGGAAGUCUAUUGGCAUCAGAAUCAAGGAGGAGUCGGAAAUUAUAGAAGGUGAGGUAGUGGAGGUGGUGGUAGACCGCGCGGUUGGAGGGGCCGCGCGCGUCGGGCGCCUCACGCUCAAGACUACUGACAUGGAAACCAACUACGAUAUGGGGGCCAAGAUGAUAGACUCCAUGCUCAAAGAGAAGGUACAAGCGGGUGACGUGAUAACCAUAGACAAGGCUACGGGCAAGAUCAACAAGCUGGGUCGCAGCUUCGCUCGCGCCAGAGACUACGAUGCCACAGGCCAGCAAGCGCGUUUCGUGCAGUGCCCCGAGGGCGAGCUGCAGAAACGCAAGGAGGUGGUCCACACAGUCACCUUACACGAAGUCGACGUGAUCAACUCGCGCACUCAUGGCUUCCUCGCACUUUUCUCUGGUGACACUGGUGAGAUUAAAUCUGAGAUUCGCGAGCAGAUCAACAGCAAAGUGGCGGAGUGGCGCGAGGAAGGCAAGGCGGAGAUGAUACCCGGAGUUCUAUUCAUCGACGAGGCCCAUAUGUUGGACAUCGAGUGCUUCUCCUUUCUAAACCGCGCUUUGGAGUCGGAAACAGCGCCUGUGGUUAUAAUGGCGACCAACCGCGGUAUAACCCGCAUCCGGGGCACCACCUACAAGAGCCCCCACGGUAUACCGCUCGACCUGCUCGACAGAGCCAUCAUAGUGCCCACGCAGCCUUACGACCACAAAGAUCUGAAGGAGAUCCUCAAUAUCAGAUGCGAAGAAGAGGACUGUCAGAUGUCAGGCGACGCCCUGACAGUGCUGGCUCGGCUCGCCACGGAGACAUCUCUUCGGUACGCCAUACAGCUCAUCACCACAGCCUCGCUCGUCGCCAAAAGAAGGAAGGCUACUGAGGUGAGCAUGGAAGAUGUGAUGAAGGUGUACUCCCUGUUCCUGGACGAGCACCGCUCGGAGCAGUUCCUCAAGGAGUACCAGGACGAGUUCAUGUUCGACGACGGGUCUGGUGAUGGCCCGCAGCAAGCAAUGGAGGUAUCACAGUAAAAUGGAAAUGCGACCAAAUAUUUUAAUAUGAGGUAUG